AUGCGGCGGGUGGGCGUGGGUGGCGGUCGGGAGGCUGAGCGGCAGCCGGGAGCUGCAGGGCGGCGGCCGGGGAGAGGAGCAUUUGGUGGGGGCGGUGGUGCAGCGGAGGUUACUGCUGGUGGCGGGGCUAGAACCGGCAAUGGGGAGACCAAGGCCAGGCUGAGUGCUAGGGCAGGUACAGGAAAGGCAAAUACUAUUAGUAUACACACUAAUGUAUCUACUAAGCAACUAGCAACUAAUAGUUAUGAAAAAUCUGUUGAGAUACUGGUAGUGGACAGUACUAAGGUGCAAACAAAAAAACUGGCAGUGGAUACCACUAUAAAAUCAUCAGAGGCACCAUCAAAGAAACCAUUAGUAGAGAGCACAGAGAAAAAGGCAGAGACAGAUAUAGAGAAACAGGUAGAGCAACAGGUUCAUUCAUAG